AUGACCGAUCCGAAGCUACAUUGGACUCACAUCUCGACAGAGACAGAUAAGACCAAUAGUGGUCUACCAGUUGAUAUGGCCUCGGAGGAGACGUUGGGUUUACAGGAUCUGGAGCUUAUGAUGCACUGGUGCACCACAACAUAUCGAUCCAUGGCUCGAGAUCGUGCAGCAGAAGCUCUGUGGCAGACUGUCAUUCCGCAACUAUCAUUGCGAUUUACACCAUUGCGACAUGGUCUUCUAGCCUUAUCCGCACUGCAGGUGGCUGGGAGUACCACUCGUCCAGAUCGGAAAUGGCGAUAUCUUGUUUCAGCACGAGAGCAUCAGAGUCAAGCUUUGGUGGGGAUCCAACUUGACACAACAAAAGAUCUUACGGAUUCCCAAUGCAAUGCCCAUUUUGCACUUUGCUGCGCCUUGACGGUAUUUUCUUUUGCAUACUGCCUGAUAGAUGACGACAUCGAAGAUACAGAUGAAGAACAGCCCGAUGUCCUGGAUGAGUUCCUGGAAGUAUUCCAACUGACACGAUGGUUUGUCAGUGCCAUGGUGCCAAAUGUUGAACGUGUGGGAUCUGGCGAACUUCAUUCAUUGGUUCGACCUGAGCAGGCGAGGCCAACAAUGCCUGAUAUGUCUCGACUGGUGAUCUUAUGUCUAAGUCGACAGAAUGAGACUGAGGCCAUGCGAGACCCCAAUCAUGAGAAACAUACAUAUACCCAGGCCAUUGAGCAUCUGGGUAAUUCAUUGGAACAAUUGAUGAAUGGAGGUGAACCCAAAGACUUUGCAUUUUGCUGGUGUUUUCGUAUUCCUGACCGAUUUUCGGUACUUGUCGCUGCGCGCAAGCCUUUCGCAUUGGUCAUACUCGCUCAUUAUGCGGUUGUAUUGCAUCACCUACGAGACUCCUGGUGGAUGGGGGAUUGGGGUAUCCGCAUUUUCAACAAAAUCGUGGAGACAUUGAAUUGUGAAUGGCAUGAGUCGCUCAGCUGGCCUGCUGAUGCCAUGGGGGUUUUUCUUCCUGCAUGA